AAAUAUAUUGAAUAAAAAGUGAAUCAAAAUAAAUUAUUCUUAAUUAUUUUGAUAAGCCCACAUGUCACUUAACUAUUUUGCCAAUUUUUCUAACUCUAUUUUCCCUUUUCCCCUAUAAAUUAUCCUUCUUCCCUUCUCUUUUCCUCACUAUUCCUUUUCUGUGUUAGUUUUAUUGACAUUUUUCUUGAUUUCAUCCACCGUAGUUUUAUUGAGACGUUCUUGAUUUUAUUCACUUUAAUUUUAUUGAGACGUCCUUGAUUUUAUUUAGUAUAGUUUUAUCUACAUGGCUGAUGUAGUUGCUGAUGCUAAUAUGGAUGCUGUCCAACGACGUCUUAUGUUCGAAGACGAAUGUAUUUUGGUGGAUGAGAACGACAAGGUUGUUGGUCAUGAAUCCAAGUACAAUUGCCAUUUGAUGGAAAAGAUCGAAUCUCUGAAUUUAUUGCACAGAGCUUUCAGUGUGUUUCUUUUCAACUCGAAGUAUGAACUUCUUCUUCAGCAACGAUCUGCAACAAAGGUUACCUUUCCGUUGGUGUGGACGAACACUUGCUGUAGCCACCCUCUCUACCGAGAGUCUGAGCUUAUUGAGGAGAAUGGUCUUGGUGUAAGAAAUGCUGCACAAAGGAAGCUUCUCGAUGAACUUGGUAUUCCUGCUGAAGAUGUCCCGGUCGAUCAAUUCACCCCAUUGGGACGUAUGCUUUACAAGGCACCAUCUGAUGGAAAGUGGGGAGAACACGAACUCGAUUAUCUUCUCUUCAUCGUCCGUGAUGUCAAGGUGAAUCCGAACCCUGAUGAAGUUGCUGAUAUCAAGUACGUGAACCAAGAACAACUGAAAGAGCUUUUGAGGAAAGCAGAUGCUGGCGAAGAAGGUUUGAAGCUAUCUCCUUGGUUCAGACUUGUCGUCGACAACUUCUUGUUCAAAUGGUGGGAUCCCGUUGAGAAGGGGACUAUUCAAGAAGCUGCCGAUAUGAAAACCAUUCACAAGUUGACUUAAAAGCUACGUUGCUUGGACCCAUGUUGAUUUUUGGAGGAUCUGACAUGCACUCAUCGGCAUUUUUGGAGUCCGAGCAAAUAUAGCUUAAAAGUAUACAUUCCUAUCCCGUUAAGACAAAUAAAUUUGGUGGUACAAUAAUUCCUUUUACAUCCCUAGGUUUUGUUGCUGUGAGAAUAGAACAGAAGUAUCGUUGAGCCGAUCAGAACUUUGUAAUAUAAACAUGUUUCUGUUGAAUUUUAAUGAAAUAGCUUCUUGUUUUGUUCUUGGUAAA